UAUUUGUAGUGUGUUUAAAAUGGAUAAAAAGAGACAUCGAAGCUCUUUACGAAAACCAAUUUUACCGAGGGUUGAAGAUUCCACUGCGACUAAGCGUCGGAUAAGUUUUAGUGGAAAGAAUUUCGUAAGUUUUCUAUGUCUAUAUCAUUCUAGAGAAUUCUGUCAAGAAGAGAUAACAAAAACUUACGAAGAUUCUUAUGAAAUAUCUGAUCGUGCCAAUGUUGAUGAAACACCUAAUCUUUGCGUUGCAAAGUCACCUAUAUCAACGUCGUCAACCACACUGCACACAAUUUCAAAUGAAGAGGACAAAGAAAAUAUAUUAAAUAAAUUUCAAAUUCAAUCAUUUUCAAAUGAAGAGGACAAGGAAAAUAUAUUCAAUAAAUCGAAGGUAUACGAAACGGUCAAUACGUACGAGAAAUUGCCUAAUUACGUGGAGGAUUCCAGUUGUGGUUCUUCUUGUCAAAGCAGUGCAUUAAAUAUUGAAAAUAGUGUUGAAAUCACUUUGUUUGAAAAGGAAAGGCGUCCACGUUCUUGUUCUAGUAAAGCUAAAGUCGCGGACUUUGACGAAAGCUAUAUGGAUUUAUUCAAUAGCUUUUCCCUCGAUGAAAAUGACAAAAAAGCUUUAGAAUUAGGUCGUGCAAGAACUUCAAGCAAGCGCUUGGUCAAUGAUUCCAUGGACUCACCUUUAGAACGGAAAAAGGAAAAAUCUAAACGUACUGAGGUAAUAAGUGCGCAAGUUAAAAAUUCCGAAAAAAUGCUUACUCAGCAGACGGAAAUACAAGCAGAUGAAUCGUUAGUUAAAAAGUGCAAAGAACAACGUCAACGAGAUCUAAAAAUGCUCAGUGACACUACCCAGAAAUCAGAAACACUUGCUCAAGUCCCUGACUAUAAUAUCCCUCGCACCUCCAGGGUGACUGUACACAAAAUUUACGCUCCAUUAACAAAAAGCAUUUUUCAAAAUUGUAGAAAGAGAGAGGUGCGACAGGAGGGGUCGAAGCUUCCGCCGUUCAAAACCUCUGGACAAAAUACUGUUUCCCUACAUUCAACAGUUACAACACGUGAAAAUAAUCAGAUCGCAGUUUGUAACUCUACGGAUAUGAGUGUGGAAGGUGAUUUAUCUCCCCUGUGUCCACCUGAGCUUAAAGUGAGCAAUUUGCAGCAAUUACAUGAUCAGAUCGUGAGCGGUAAAAUACGGGUAUUUUCCGAAGCCAAGAAACCGCCCAAUAUUGACACUAAAGCAAAAUUUUCUUUAUUCCCUACACGCGGAAAAAAUGAAAAAGAACCCAGAAAGCAAAGUACUUGCCAUUUUGAAGACGACCAAGGCCGAAUAGUUCGCGAUACCACCCCAAUGGAAGGGACAGAUAAAAAAUGUAAGAAAAAUAAAUACCGUUAUUCAGAGGCCGAUGCCGAUGAUAUGAUGUUGGAUAACACUAGCUUUUUGACUCGAGCCAAACUAAGUGACGAGACCUCCUCCCGCAAUAGUUCCAAAAGAGAUGUGACACAAACGAAUGAUAACGAUACAAGCUGGCCGGAAAGAUGGAUGAAAACUGACCAGCGUGAAAAAGAGCCCAAUACGAAAUCGCUACAUAUGUUUCAAAAUUCUGGUUCAUUCUUUAGUGAAGUCUUACCAGAGGAGAAAAAAAGAUUAGAUUUUAGCAGCGCAGUCGAAAUUCAUAAAGAGAAACACCAAUUUAAAGUAGCUGACUCAAGGGGAUCUGUUAAUUUAUGGACGAAUAUGCUCGAACAAGUUGCGGACCAUAAUUCCGAAAUGAUCAAAAAAAACCCAAGCCAUACUUUAUUUCUCAAUCAAGACUUGGAUGAGACUAAAAUCGAAGAAACUACUAAUAGUGCAGCAAUGACAGAGAGAGAGGUGAAUGAGUCUAAAAUCGACGAAAUUACUAAUAACUCACCGAUAAAGGAGAUAAACACUACACAUGGUCCUCAGGAUAUCACAGCAAUUGUCGGCGAUGUAGUCAAUUUAUCGGUUACCUCGGAUGGUAGAAGUUGCCUGAAUAGCCAGGAAAUAUGCAAAACGAUUUUAAUACCUGAAAGUAUUGAAAAAGAUUACGGAAAAGAGCAAAAACUAUUGCAGUUUGAAGAUACUAUGUGUAAGUCGAAAGAUAAAGAUGUACGUAGACACACUCAGAUCUUUCAAGACGAUCUUAAAGAAGAUCUUGAUAUAAGAAAAGAAAACCUUCAGUACGAAAUAUCUGUGGGACAUACCCAAACAAUGAAAAACUCGAGGAAAACACAAUACUUUUAUUCGGAUAUAAUAGAAGAUACCUUCGUAAUAACAGACGAACACCGUGAACAACGUGAAUCACUCGUCAAAACUGAUGCGACGAUAAAGUCGUCGGAAGAAACGCCUUUUCCCCACGAAGAUAUUGAGGAGAAUAUCGCAGAUAUUCGGCGAGAUGAAUUGACAAAGGAACAAACAUUACUCAAAGCUCUGUCCAUUUUUGAAGGUAAUGAAACAUAUACCUGCAAGAACCACGCAGGACAUAUUAGCGAAAAGGAAGACACCUUUCAAUAUGAAAAACUUUGCAAGGAAAAUCGUGAGAUUAGAGAAACUCAAGUUUUCGAAGACACUAUUGAAGAAGAUGAGGAAGAAAGAGUAAAACCUCAUCAACGCGAAACGGUUUAUAACAAAACUGGAAAAAAUUUCAAGGCUACAGAAACUCAACGUUUUCCGCAAAGUACUGAAAAUCUUGUAUCGUUUGAAAGUAUUCAUGUUUUGAACUUGCGUCAGGAAUUAAUUCGCAGCGAAAAUGUAAGUGAAGACGAACAAAUGAUUGAAGAAAACGCUGAGGAGCCUGCACGUACUAAGUUAACUUCUAAAGAGAUCAGCAAUAUACCCACAAAAAAUAGCUCUAUUAAACAUACAAGUAAUCUCACUUUUUAUUGUAACGAUGAUAUAGAAGAGGAAGAAAUGCCAAACGAAAAAUCUUUUAAAGAAAACAGAACAAAAGACAUCCACAAGAAUGAAGAAGAGGGACAUACACUUUUCAAUCAAAGCUUAGAAGAAUUUAUAAGUAGAACUCAAUUUGAUGAGAAAAUAAUGACAACAACAACAAUAAAUCAGCAGUCAAGUAUCUUAGGUAAGAAUGCACCAAUGCUAAGCAAAUUAUUACCUUCAGAGACAAACGGAAGUGAGAAAGCGCAAACCAAUAGCAAUCAAUACGGGACAUUGAAAAAUUUUGAUUAUAUUUCUUAUGUAAGGCCACAUGCAAUAAGACCAACGAAGCAUAAAAGAAAUACUAUCUAUAAUGAAGAAGAAAUGGUAUUAGACACGGAUAUAGGAAUUAGCUCAUUUACUCCAAGACAGAGUUACCUUCAUAAUGCUCAUUUGGAAGAAAAAGAAAAUGAACAGAUUGUACCGGAAUACCACCAAAGUGAAAUUGAAGAAAUUGCCGACACAUGCAUAAAGAAUCGAAUAAUAACGGUUCAUUCAUCCACAGAAAAAAAUGAAGAUUCAAUUUCAAAGAUCAAUACUUCUACUGACAAAACAAUAAACGCCGCCAGUUUAAUGAUGGCAGAUAAUCGACUAAACGAAACUUUUGUAACUCCUUCCAGAAACUCAGUAAAUCAACAACGUUUACGUAAGACAUAUGAGAUCACUCCUAGAUUAUCACUGAUUGAGUUCGAAGCUCGCGAAAGAGAAGCGAAAUUUGAAAAACGCUAUGCACCUCCCAAGUUACAGUUACAAUUUUCGAAGCGUUUGCAUUCUCAUUUGACCCCGAACGUACCGCAUAGCAAGAGACCAUUGACACUUAUCGAAGAAGAUUGUCAACUCGAAGAAGUUUAUCCUAAAGAAACUGAACCAAGUAAAUUAUCAAAGCCAAUAGAAAUUGAGCCGGAUUCUGAAAUGUUCGCUAAAGAAUCCGUAGAAGAAAUUUCGGGGAUUGUUCGACUCAAUGAAACACAAGUAACCGGAGUUCGAUUCAACCGGUCAAACUUACCCGAAGAUACGCAGUUAAAAAAGUUGCAAACUUCAGUGCUAUGCGCUUCCGAAAAGAAAGACUAUCAGAGCACAUCAACGAUGGAGAUUAUCGAUAAUUCGAUGAAUAUAGAAGAUUCCACGUUAAGUCCACCUAUAGUGCGUAAUGCCGAACGUACGCUUACAGAAGCUAGUAGCAGUACUUCUCCUCGAAAGUAUACCUCGAGGCAAUUGAUCUUUGAAGGCAAUCCUAUUAUCAUAACCGAUGAUUCGACACAUCUUCAAAAUGAGGAAACUAACCGGAGCAACGGUUCGCUUAAGAAUAGCAAUACCCUUAAGAAUGUCUGUCCAGGGAGUUUGAUUGAUAACAUUGAAGAAGUCCAUAUAAAUUUAGUUGACACCUUAGCAGAUGAUGAGGAAAGUGAAGUAGAAACUGCAAGGGGUAAUGGUGACUUUACCACUCAACCACAACCACAACCACAGUUCUCGGAGCUACCAAUAACGGGUAAUAAUGAUACGUUUUUAUGUCCUAAGUGUAAAUGUUGUGAAGACAAACCUUCAAAUGAAAGUAAUUUAAAUCUGCACGAAUCUUCUUUGGAUUGUUCUUUACCUUCUCAACCGUCAUUAAAUUUUGAUCGUUUGAGGCGUUUACGGAAACUUCCAACCUUAGCUGACGUGGGAUAUUUAUGGCAACGCGUUAGUUUAGACAAUACUAUGGCUAAUCUAGCAGCUGAGGAUUUAAACGAUACACUCGUGGGUACAAUAAAUGAGAACGAAACGAGUAAUAAGUACAACAUUAGUGAAGUUAGAAAACGUUACAACAUGAAGAAGAAAAAAUUGAAAGAUGCAAUGUUGAUAGAAUCUCGAAGUAAAUUACCAGAUGGAACGGUAUCGGUAAUUGAACGCUUGCGUCAAAAACUCAGCAAUACAAGACAUAGCUGGAUAUUUGAUGAUCAAAUGCAAUAUAGAUGUAAAUUAUUAUUCACUCAUCGUUUGUUGUUAACUUCUUCAUUGUUAAUUACCUAUGAACGAACGGGCAUCUUAAGCAGCAAGAUUGCUAUAAAAACUAUAGAAAUAACAAAGCGGUUGCCAGAGAUGCGCUUGAAACCGAUCGAUUAUGUAUUAGAUUACGAAUUGAAAUUGCAACUGCCUUUAAAUUUGAUAACAUUAUGUAAAAGCAGCGAUGAACUUGGCAUUUAUGACAUGUUACAGAUUCUCGAUAAAAAGUAUACGGAAACUUUCCAAUUGGGCCAAGAAUUACAGCGCAUUCUCGUUCAGCGUCAAGCAACAAUUGCCAGAGAUCCCUUAGGCAUUCGAUGUUUUAUAAAGAAAAAUAUACGCAACGUUGUUGCACAACCCGGCAGUUAUGACCGUGUCGAUUGCACUGAGAUUCAAAUUGAUAUUUACAAUAUAAGUCAAAUAAGUUUUAAGAACAUAUUUCAACCAGCAUUAUUUAAUUUUCAUGAGGAAGUGCAUCUGCUACCAGUUGGUUUAACGUUUCUAAAAGAUUUUCUCCACGAUCCUUUAAAGUAUUUGAAGAAUUUAACGUAAAUUCGAUUAAAACAUAGCUUAGUAAUAAAGCUCAUAACUUUAACAAUUAUUGAUUUUGCUUUGAUUGUA